AUGGCUUCUUACCGAACUCUUAAAGUAGCAGCUUCUGAAAAGAACAUGUUUUUGAACUUCGACUUGCAACUUUGUAUACGUGAAGGUCUCAAUGAGACGAUGUCAUAUACAACACUUCAUAUAAUUUUCAAUAUUGCGAUGUCAGGAUAUGAAUUUCUCAAAAAAUAUACACUUUCAGGUUAUAAUAUAUUGGGUGAUGGUACACCACAACAAUUAAUUCCAAUGUUAACAGGUUUCAAAGAAAUUGAAUUACCUUCAACACUUUAUCGUGAUCAUAAUAGUUCAUUUGUUGAUAUAUAUCCAUUUAUUUGGAAUAAAUAUCAUCAACAAGGUUAUGUAACAGGCUAUGCUGAAGAUCGUGUUGAAUAUGGUACAUGGACAUUACGUUUAAAAGGUUUUGAAAAAACUCCAACAGAUCAUUAUUUAUUACCAUUUUAUCGAAUGGAAUCAACAAAAUCCUUAUUAUAUAAAUAUGAUGCACAUUGUAUACGUAAUCAAACAUCAUUUGAUGUAUUUCUUUCAUAUAUUAAACAAUUUUGGUUAUCAUAUUCAGAGAAUAAAAAAUUUUUCUUUGCUUUUUUUAAACAAUAUACACAUGAUGGUUAUACAGCUAGUUCAAUACUUGAUUUAUCAUUAUUAAAAUUUUUAAAAAAUUUUAAUCAAACAGAUGAUUAUAGAAAAACUAUAAUUAUACUUAUGACUGAUCAUGGUGCACGCUUUUCAGCUGUUCGACAAACACCACAAGGUAAACUUGAAGAACGUUUACCAUUUAUGAGUUUUAUUUUUCCAAAAUUAUUUCAAAUUAAAUAUUCAAAAGAAAUAAAAAUUUUACAGAAAAAUAUUUAUCGUUUAACAACACCAUUUGAUAUUCAUUCAACUUUAUUAUCAUUAAUUAAUAUGAAUCAAAUGCAUUAUACAAUGAAGAAUUAUACGAAACAACGUAAUAUAUCUUUAUUUCAUCUAAUACCAGCACAACGAACUUGUGAUGAUCUUAAUCUUGAACCACAUUGGUGUUCAUGUUUACAAUGGACAAAUCUUAAUAUAAAUGAUACAAAAGUUAAACAAGCAACAAAUCAUAUAAUUAAUUAUAUAAAUAAACAAUUAUUAUCAGUUAAAAAUAUUUUAUGUCAACAACUUCAAUUUUAUUCAAUUCAUAAUGUACAAAUCUAUCAACCUAAUAAAGCUCUAUUAACAUUUUCAAGUUCGUCUGAUAUUGAUGGUAGAAUACCAACAUAUGAUGAUAAAAAGACUGAUAUAAUAUUUUAUCAAAUAACAUUUGAAACACAACCAAAUAGGGCUAUAUAUGAAGCAACAACACAAUAUUCAAAUAGAUCAAAUGAUUUUAAUACAGAUCUUAAUCAUAUUAGUCGUAUUAAUGCAUAUAAAUCAUCAGCAUCAUGUAUUGAAAAAAGUUAUUCACAUUUAAGAAAAUUUUGUCAUUGUAUUAAAUAA